CGUUUCCUGUUUGUCUGUGGCGCUCCGUCUGCUUACAUUUUCAGUGCAGCUCAGCAACAUUAUUAAUACAAGUCGGGUUCUAAACAGAAACUUUGCAACCACUUGAUUUCCUAACUUGUGACCAGCUUAAGACUGAAAUCCCUUUUUGUUAUUGAUAAAGACUGAAAUCCCUUUUUGUUAUUGAUAAACCCGUAGCGCUGAAGUAUGUACUAAACACGCAUGACAGACACUCAACACACGGGUUACCAUGACGACAGUGUUCUAUGGUAGCAGAGCAUGGGGCCUGUUUCACCGGGCCUCCUCCUCCUCCUCCUCUCGAGUGUGGACCCACCCCCCUUUUGUUGGGCUGAGUCCAGGCAGAGGCCUCUCCCGCCCCCCUCCCUGCCGAGCGGCCCACUCCGGAGUGCGCAGGCUCCCCUUCGCCACGCUGUCCCAGCAGGACCGAGACUUCUUCCAGACGCUGCUGCCUGGCAGGGCCCUCACUGACCCCGAGGUGCUGGAGGCCAGCAAUGUGGACUGGCUCAAGUCCGUACGAGGUUCUAGUGAGUUGCUGCUCAGGCCUCGGACCACAGAGGAAGUGUCUCAGAUUCUCAGGUACUGCAAUGCGCGGGGGCUGGCAGUAACCCCGCAGGGGGGAAACACAGGACUGGUGGGGGGUAGCGUCCCAGUCUUCGAUGAGAUCAUCCUGUCCACAGCGCUGCUCAACCAGGUCCUGAGCUUCGACGUUGUGUCUGGAAUCCUGACCUGCCAGGCUGGCUGUGUGCUGGAGGCUCUCAGCUCCUUUGUGGGAGAGCAGGACUUUGUCAUGCCUCUGGACCUCGGGGCAAAGGGCAGCUGCCACAUCGGGGGCAACGUGGCCACCAACGCAGGAGGGCUGAGACUACUGAGAUAUGGACCACUGAGAGGAACCGUGCUGGGGCUGGAAGUGGUUCUGGCUGACGGCACAGUGCUGGACUCCCAAGCCCCCCUCAGGAAGGACAACACAGGCUACGAUCUGAAGCAGCUGUUCAUCGGCUCUGAGGGCACGCUGGGGGUCGUAACCGCAGUGUCCAUCCUGUGUCCACGCAAACCCAGCGCCGUCAACCUGGCUUUCCUGGGGUGCGCCACUUUCCCACAAGUCCUUGAGACCUUCCAGCUCUGUAGAGGCAUGCUGGGAGAGGUCCUCUCUGCCUUUGAGUUUCUGGACAGUGCCUGUAUGAAGCUGGUCCAGGAUCACCUCAAACUGACCAAUCCCAUUAAAGAGAGCCCGUUUUACAUUCUGAUCGAGACUUCGGGAUCCAGCGCUGCCCACGACGAGGAGAAACUGCACCGCUUCCUGCAGGAGGUCAUGACCUCUUCCCUGGUGGCUGAUGGGACUGUGGCAACGGAAGACAGCAAGAUCAAGGCUCUGUGGGCUCUGAGAGAGCGCAUCACAGAGGCCCUGACUCACGAUGGCUGUGUGUACAAGUAUGACCUGUCCCUGCCAGUGCAGCACAUCUACCAGCUGGUGGAGGACAUGCAGGAGCACCUGGGCACACGGGCCAAGAACGUGGUGGGCUACGGACAUCUCGGAGAUGGGAACCUGCAUCUCAACAUCACCUCCCCCUCUCACGACCCCGCCCUCCUCGCUGCCAUCGAGCCCUACGUGUACGAGUGGACCGCACGGCAUCAUGGGAGUAUCAGUGCCGAGCACGGCCUGGGGCUGAAGAAGAGGAACUACGUUCACUUCAGCAAGCCAGCCCCCGCCCUGAGACUCAUGUGGCAAAUCAAGAGCCUGCUGGACCCCAGGGGAAUCCUCAACCCCUACAAGACACUGCCAGACCGAGCCAGCACCGACUGAGCCGAGACGGGGAGCAUUCACCAGCACAGACUGAGCCGGGACAGGGGGCGAGUUCACUAGCCUCUCCUGCCUUUCACCUCUGGAGGCCUGGGGUUCAGUACGGCUGCUCAGGCACAAGGAAUGGGAGUUUGGUCAGUGGCAUCAACCUGGCCCCUGGUGGACACCAGCUUUGUUUUCAUUUUUGUUUUUUACCCUGCACUAGAAAAAGUUAAAGAAUAUAUUUAUAUUGAAAUUGUGUCAUUUAGGUGCCCAUAAUACACAAAUAAAUCAAGACUUGCAUAACAAAA